GAACGGCAGCGCAAAAAUAUAUCUGCUUGUCAAGCAGGCUGUCAAGCAGCCAAUGUAAAAUCCCUUAAGUGCUUGAAGUUGUCUGAUGACCUAGGAAAAGCUAUUUUAUCAUGCAGAAAAAGGCGUACGUGAUAUAAACAAGGUACACUAUGGUGGAUACCAACUGCAAUUUUCCAAACGGCAAAUAUAGGAAACUAGAAUGUAGUGCAUCCAAUUUGGAUUCACUGAAUGAUGAGGACGAAAGUUUGCUUAGGCAACCACUUCGAACAUCAUGUGCAGGUUUCUGGGAAGCAAAAAAGGCUUACGAAAACGGUACAGAUGAGGUACGGCGGCUACUGAUGCAAGAAUGCUCUAUCAUCUAUGAGUGCAAUGUGUGUCGCAAUAUGUUUCGAAGUUUGGCAAAUUUUAUUAGUCACAAACGUAGUUAUUGCAAAAUGACAACGCCAGAUAAUUUUCAUUCCUUUCCGGGUCGUAACUCAAGCGUGCUCAUUCAAACUGUUGAACGUACUGAACCGUGUUUAGUUAAAAGUCGCAGUACAGGCUCAUCUCCUAUUCCGAACACAAAAUCAUCAGGUCGUGAUUUAAGCAAAGUGAUUGAACGGUUGAAGCGCGUGGAGGUUUCAUCGGAGUGCAGUAAUAAUAAAUCAUUGACGAUGGAAAACAAAAUGAAGCCCUCAUCGCCGGAACCAAAAGCUCCCGAUCCUGUAUUAGAACUGGAGCAUGUAUCGACCACUGCUCACGCUGUAUAUCAGACAUUGAAAACGCAAAAUGAUUCCGACAGUAUUAAAACCGAGUUGGACGAAGUUCACAAUCUUCUAACAAAUCAAAAAACUUUAUUGGGGCCUGAUGGCAAAGCAAUAACAACUGGUCCUACUUUAAUCUCUUUCACUCCAUCAGAUGCAAAUGACAGCUGUGGAUUAAAUGAAAAUAAUUACAAAGCCACAAAGGUAUUGACAGGAAUUUCAUGCGAAAUAUGUAAAAUGCCCUUUCAGACUGAGAAGACACUGAAAAUGCAUGUUCAAAAGAAACAUUCAUCGACUACGUACGUCUUUCAAUGUCCAACAUGCUCAAUGACUUUUUUGCAACCAGCUGCCGUUAUACGACAUCUGGCCAAUGAACACAAAAAACCAUUACGUCGAAUACGCAAAAUGCGCGAUACUAUUCUGAAGAAGCGUAUUCAAAUUGGAGAUGUACAAGUGAAAGGACCGAGCCGCGAGGUGAAACGCCUCAAGUUAAGUAACACCAAAGACUCCGAUCACUCUAAUAUGUUGGACCAACAAAAUGGAAAAUAUGUCACAUCGUGUACGUAUUGUUGGAAGAAUUUCGAGAGAAGGGCUGCUUUGGCCACACAUCUGACCAACUGUUUGGCACGAAAGACAUCAUUGAACAGUGUAGAAUUGUCAAAGAAUUCCAGUGUUUCAGAUGAGCAAAUCAAUGUAGCCAAAAUACACAACCAAAUCUCAAAUCAAUAUUUAGAAUGUAAUAAACAAAAUGAUAAAAUCAAAUCAAGUGGAGAACAAGUAGAAGCUAAAGUUAACAUUAACAUUAAACAAGAACCUCAGGAAGACGAAAACACAACAACAGACACAUCAAAUAUAAAUGAACUGUUUAAUAAUUUAGAAAAACAAACAUUUGGCAAUGGUCUGCAUACGGUUUCUUUAGAGAAGUUGGAUAUUAUGGUAGACGCAAAGGAAAAUGGUGGUGAAGAACAUAAUGAAAUUAAGAAUGGUACUGGACAAGGUUUUUAUUCAUACGCCGACCACAACAAUGAGAAACCAAUCGAGGAAAAUAAGGAGGUCAACGCUGUAAGAAAGGAAAAAACAAAACGAUUUCGAAUAGUCUCCCCUUCGAAGCAACUGACCUGCCGCUGUAAGAUCUGCAAUAAACAAUUUAAUGCUUUGAGCAAUCUUAGACGGCAUAUCUCAAUGUUUCACUACAGAUCUAGACGUUUUGGUUGCAAUUUAUGCGAUUACCGUGCCUUCAGACGUUAUGACAUUGUUAAUCAUCUUACUUUUGUUCAUAAAAUGACGGGAGAACGCGAAUCAAUGGCUGUUGAAUAUGUGACGGUUCACGAAAUAAAAUAUUCAAAAGACGAUGUAGAAGGUGACAUAGUCGUAGUUAAUGAUGAGACUACCGCAUCUGAGCAGAAUAAAAUGCAAGAUCAGCAGCAAUUAGUAGCAGAAUCACAAUCCUUCACACAUGAAAGUGCGUUAAAAACAUACGAGAAGCGAGAAAAGCGUAAAAACGUGCUAUCGCAAUCAAAUAAAGUUCUUGUGCAACCACUCAAAGUAGAUUCUAUUGUACCAAAAGAUGUUUCUCAUGUAAAAAUGAUCCGUAGAAAAUUUAAAAAGACUUUGGAGCAUCAAGUUGAAGGUAAAAAGAGGCCCAUUCGAAAUCGUAUUAAAACUGUUAACAAGGACUUCGUCUAUGAUCUCAUCACAGUAAAAGAAGAACCCAAGCAACCAUCACGUAUGGCUUUCAGGCGUCGUAAUACGAUAUUUGCUGAUCAAAACAAUUUGACAAGUAUUGUGCUUACGCCGCCUCCCAUAAAAAUAACACCCUACAGAUUAAGAACAGAGCCUUUAAUGCCUGCCGACAAAAGUAACGUUAAGGGCGUUGCUGCCAGUGUUUAUCGUAAUGUCAUUCAUGAGGGUAUGGCUGCUCCUUCCACUUUACCGGAACUACCAACGGAGAGGCCACAAAUGCGCCCUCGUCUCAUAUCCUCUUCGCGUAGUGACUCCAGCACGGUACCCAUUAUUGAAACAUCAGAACUGGAAGCAGCUCGUCUAAAAUCAACAUUCUUUGAUGAUUCAUUUCUGGAAAAGUUUGCAAAAAAAUCGAACCCCUCAUUCAAAAUGAAGCCAUUGUUGGCACUACAACACAGUCCUCUCAACUCAAUACUCCUAAAGUUUGAUACGACACAUCAAAAUAAUAUCAAUAGAACAGAUAGUAUUAAUUUCUUGAAGCCGCCUGAAAAGGUCAACAAUUCUCCGCCUGACUACAAUAUAUGUACACUACAAACUCUAACACAACCAACACUAAAGGAAAGAGAUGUUACACCAAAUGGCAAACAGAUUUUAGAACCAUCAUCACCACCCGCCACUCCCAAAAAACGUAUUACUCUAAUGCAACGUCUUGCUGAAAAUAGAGCCAAGCGAAGGGAUAGUAUCAUUCGUACCACUUUAGAAAAUUAACUCUAAGUCUUCUUAAGAUAAGCAUAAGUUACACAUUUUAUUUUAUUCAAUUCAAAUCAAAUCAAAUCAAAUCAAAUAUGCAUAAAAGCUCAUAUCUUGCGCUUUUUAUUUCACAAGAAUAAAAAAAAAACUGUAUAUAUAAAAAUCUAGUAUGUAGUAAAUGUCUGGUUAAUAAUCACUGUA